UAUCUCGUUUUUAACAAUACGAUAUGAGCGAGACGUCAUGAUUUAUAUUUGAUUCCGUCGCCGAAGUCGUCGUCCAUUUCGGCUCCAAUAUUGAUUCAUGACUCAAAACACUAGCCGGUGUGUUUAGUUCGUAAUCGUAAAUGUUACGUGAAGAUAACGUGUCAAUUUAUUCAUAUGAAACUUGUUCGUUAUGUACCUACGGUUCCUUUGGACUUAAUACGGCCAUAACUUUUCCCUUGCGCUAUAAUCGGUGCCGAACAAAAAGGAAACCAUGGCGCCACUUAUGAUAGAGGGAGAAACGUUGGGGGAUAAACAUCGCAAUUACAACAAAAUAGUGAACGAAAAAAUCAAAAGCAAUCCAACUAAAACAAUUGCCGCCAUAAACUAUGAAGAACCAGAUCUGGAUAACCUAUGCAAAAUAGAUAUAGCGUGCAAAAUACGAAAUGUUGAAUACAUUCUUGAAAUUCUCAAAUGUGAUGAUAUGUUAUACGUAUCUCGAGUUAUUAAGAAAUGCACAUGGUUAAUAACUGAUCAGCAAUACGCCUAUAUUAUUAAUCCUGCAUACUUGUACAACAAUCUUUAUCAACAGAUGACUUCAAAAGCUUUUAAUAAACUCGUCCUGCACAUAAGGCUAAACUUAGAUGAUGAAAAACGUGUUGAAGAGUUUUUCAACUUUUACAAACAAAAUGAUUUGGACAAAGCCAUGCAUUGGCUGCCACGUUGCUCUAUUGGUUUUAUCGAGGGAAUCAUUCGAAAUCAUGCUAAUGAUAUACCAAAGAACUUAUUGAAACGAUUAUAUGAAAAAUCGUUUACUUUUCUGGAUAUACUAGUACAGAAUUAUAACGCCUCAUACUAUGUGGACCACUUAAUAGAACCUGGAAUGUUUCUUUUAAAAAUAAACCUCGAUAAGUUCCUUGAUAUAUUUGAGACACUCAAAGACGGCGAUACACCAAAAUUUGGACGGAAAUAUACCAAACUCGUCAUGGAGAAAUGUCCUGAAAGAAUAAAAAAUAAUCUUAAAAGAUACGUCUAUGUUCUUGAUAUAUCAGUUUUUGCACAAUAUUUAAAAAAAGAAGAAGUAAAAGACUUUAUAUUAACGCACAUUAAGAAUAAGAAAACUCGUUCAUGGUUCACCUACAAAAAAAUUAAAUACUUUCUGAACCGGUUGCCAUUUGAGGAGAGAUUUGAUUUUGUUAAAAAGCUUUUCAUAGAGAAAUCAUGUAAAGAAGAACCCCUUGAAAAUGAAACUUGGGAUGAUAUAAUAGAGUAUUGUAAUCUGCCUCUCAAAGGAAAAUUAACGUCGUCAAAAAAUAUAUACAGCUGGUAUGUAUAUGCACCAUUUAAUAAGGCUUUUGAAGAUUUAAAAUUAUUGAUUCGCAAUGAAUCAAAUCCCUCUGAAAGAAUUUGGAUUUUGCGAUCAAUACUGACUUGUGCUCUUGGAAAUCAAAAUAAUAUCCUAACAUUAUUAAAAUAUUACCAUAAAAAUCACAUCAACGAACCUUUCAUGUUCAAAGUUCAGUUUGUAAAUCAUUUGAUUACCAAGACUGAUACACAUAAGUAUGACGAAGAGGCUUGGGGAUAUUUAAAUGAUAUUUUCAACAGCUUGGAAGUGUACACUAGAUCCAAAGAUAGUGUGCAAUCAUGUUUGAAAUCCAUACUUUUCUAUAAUGUGAUUCAUGAUGUCCAAAUUCCCGAAGAUAUAGAAAGUAAAUUUGAUUUCAAACAUUACAUAUCAUAUGGAUAUGGUGAUUGUAGAAAUAAGUUCAACAUGGAGGAAACACAGAAAAUAUUUAAUUACUUUUACAGUUAUUACAUUUCAAAGGUCAAAAUUAAUAUUACUAGUGAAAAAGAGUUUGAUGAGACUGUGGACAUUAUAUUAUCAGUUUUAAAAGUUCUUGAUAUAUGGAAUAAAGAACUCAAAGAUUAUCCAUUUGUUCUCCAGAGAAUCAAAGACCUUGUUAUUAUAAAAAAAGACAGUUCCUGGAAGCAGGAUCUUUCAAGUUUAUAUAACUUCAAAAAAUCCUGGAGAAAGAUUUUAUUUACUGAAUCUAUUAUUCUAAGUCCAAACCAAGACAGUUGCAUGAAUGCUCUUAAGCACAGUCCAGAGCUAUUAGAAUCUCACACAAAAGAAAUAAACGCAUGCAUAAAUGAUAAAGUACUUUACUUUGGCAGAUUUUUGAGGAAAAUUCAAAUUUAUUACCAGUACCAAUCUUUAUCAGACUCAUUUAAAGCAACUUUUCUGGAGAACCUCAAUCAGAUGAGCCUUCACAAGUCGUCCAUAACAGGUCUAUGUAUAUUACUUACCCGAAAAGAGCUGUUGGACUUUGUUCAAAAAUAUGUACCGAGAGAAGCUAAAAUUGUUUGGAACCAACAUGAUGACGCGAUGCUCAGCAUACGCAAAAACGUCGCUGCAUGUAUGCACCUAUCUAGGCCUCACCUCCCACUUGAUGUGGUUUUAUUGUAUGCUAAAGGAGAUUAUUUGAAAUAUGUACUGCCUUCAUUGAAUGCAAUAUUUUAUAACAUCAAUUCAAAACAGAUGGCCGAGCAUCUACCAAAACUUCUCAAUGCACCAGUAUCUUUAAAAAAACAUGGCAUUCGGGUCGCAUUUGCGAAGCUAAAACAAAAGGAACUUAUAAAUAUGUUUACGGAAAUUUGGAAAUCUAAUAAAAACAGAAGUAUUCGAAAAGAAAUCGUUUGCGAGACUUUCAAGAUGCUUUGUAAAGAAACUGAUGAAACGGUUAUGUUCUAUAUAUGGGAGAUGUUCCGCAUGUUUGUCAAUGAUUUAACUUUCGAGGAAAAUAAAAAGAUAUAUUUUACCCUUAGCCAAGCUCAAAAAGUGCCUCUUAAUAUAAGAGCGUCUUUUUUGAUGAGAAGCUAUGAAUUCUUAGAAAAAUUGCCAGCUGAAGCCAAUUGUGAAAAUCUCAUUGAUGAAUUAAAAACCAAAAUGGGCGAUAUCAUGGAAUUCUUGGAUGUAGAUUUUAUGGCAAAAUUGUUUUUAGAAAAUUUUGAUAAAAAGUUCGACACUCAGAAAUAUUCCUACUCUACUUAUGUAGCUAUGUUUUUGUUAAGUACAAAAUCGGAAUCCGUUCAAUGUGAGCGCUACAAAAAAUGUUUUGAGCCAAUAGUAGAAAAGGCUGUUGCGGUGUGGAAUAAGCAACACGGAACUGUUUACUACGCAAGAAAAAACUUACAAGAUAUAUUUAAUACUAUGUUUAUGAAAUUCGAUUCUUUAGUUUUGGAUCAGGAGAUGAUUUUUCCCAUCGCCAUGUAUACUGCAGCACUGAAUCAACUUCAAAGUGUUUUAUCGAUAAAAGCAAAUUAUUUUCUCUUGACACAUAUUAAGUUGUCGUUGGGAUACAUACAAAUUGUAUCCGACCUCAAAACAAAAUGCAGCGGUUUAAAGUAUAACCUGCUUUUAAAAGAAGCAGCACCUAGUUUUGGCGCGCUUUGUUUAAAUUACUUAAAGAAAGAUGUCGCAGAUCAUUUCUCCACUAUUUACAUAAUUUUUGGUAAAGUUUUAAGCCUCAUUUGUGACCAGUACGCCAAGCACGAUACAGUCUUUAAGAUGGGAGUCUUAAAAGCAUUUCUUAGCGAUAAAAAUUUUAUUGAAGGAUAUUUGUUAGUUACAGAAUUAAUGCCAACCUCGAACUACUUUUGUGGUAGCAGCGAAACAGCUCUGCAACUGGACAUGUUAAAGGAACUAAGCAUUCAUCAUUCAGAAGAAGUUGUAUCGCAUUAUUGGCUUAUACGAAAGGAUUUGUAUUAUUUUUGUUAUUAGUGAUAGUUUGUAAAUAACACAUUGUAGUGAUUUAUAAAUUUUAAUUCAGACCACUUCGCAAGCUAGAACUUUUACAAUCCCCAUCAACUUCAUCCCUUUUUUUUGGAUUGUGUGUAACUUAUCAACCUUAAUGAUUUAAACAGCGUAACGCGGGCUUGUUGGAGAGCCUCGGAAUGGGGCUCUGCCAGGAAGAGCUUGAACCCUACGGCUCGAAGAUGCGAAGGGAUCGUCGGCCUGAGGGCGCCUCAUGUGAGGCCGAACCUCUGAUCAGGCGACAAUUGUAGUGGACUUCUUCCUGUACUGUCCCUCUGACAAGUCACCAUACACUAUGCUAUAGAUCACCAUAGACUAUAACCAAUAAUAUAGAACAAUUUUUAACGACGUAAUAAAUUAUGCGAAUCCAAACUUAAAAAAAAAAAAAAAACAAAAAAAAGUUUGAAAUGAUAAUAGUUGCUCUUCUUUUGAGUCCUUCAGCACCUGGUGCAUAGGUUCGGGACUACUUUUUCUUUCCAGAUCUAUACCGAGCUGCAAACUUAAGCGUGGUUCAAGAUAAGUCGCAAGCCUUUAUUUCCGCUACCAGAGACCGCUUCCAUGUUGCCUUUGGCCUUCCACGUUUUUUCCUUUGCCCCCCAAUUGCCAUUGCUUUGCGUGAAAUAUAAAGUGUGAUCUGUACAGUUCUCUUUUCUAUGCCGUAUUUGUUCAAGGAUUUUUUUUAAGAUUACUAGAUUAUAUUUCUAAAAUAAAACAAAAUAAAUUGUAUAGCAUCUUCGAAACCACCGCAGCGAGCUACUGGCAACCAAACCAAUUCAAAACAUUUAUUUAUUGUAAAUUUACUCAUGCCAUAAAGAAUUUACUUUUUGAUUUGGGGAUAGGAACAUUACUGUUUUUUUUGGCAGUCCUACUGCAUAAACGCAUUUCCCAGGGUAAAUAAAAAACUAAAAUAAAAGGUAAUUUUUUGAUUACCUUUCAUUUUAAUUUUUUAUAGGUAUAAAGGUAUAAGUAUUAAUGUACCUACAUAAAUACUUAUACCUUUAUACUCACAAUAUACUCAAAUACUCAUAACUAUUAUAAAUAGUUAAUUGAGCAUUAUGUAUUUGAAUACCUCAAUUCACAAUAUGUAUGUGAAUACCUCAUAAUUAGGUAUAUAAGCUUACAGUUAGAUUAAGGGGUAGAACAAAACAAAACAAAACUUAAUAUUUACGUAAAGUAUUAAAUUUUUUUUUCUAUUACGAGCUUUUAUUAUAACAUGAAUCCUGACUCAUAUUAUAGGUGCAAAAGUGUUUGUAUGUGAAAUUGUCCUUCCUUGGCCCAAUGAAGAAAUUGGUCAACUGCUGGUACAAAUACGAUCAACAACUGUUGCCUAGUGGCCUAGUGGUCACUAAUAAACCAAAAUAGACUAAAUGAUUUUUCUAUUCGUUUUUAACUUCAAAUUACAAAAUAAAGCGGUGUUAAUAGUGAAAAUAUUUAAUGUACCUUAUGACAUUUUUAAGUGAAAAACCAUCCCUAAUUUUUUUAAGACUGGCACAUACACCUUUUGUUCUUUUAUUUAUCUCCUUGUUGUGCCACCUUUCCUCGACGUACCGCUGACUUCGGAUGAAAAUCUACUCAACUGCCCUUUAGAUAUAACUCUUAAUAUUAUACUUAAUGAAUAGUUGUUAGUUAUUUUCUUGUAACUCCUACUAGGUACUAUAAAUUUAUUUGUAUUGUUAACCGACUAAUAAAGGGAGGAGAUUAUCAAUUUGGUUGUA